GAUUGUGCUAUAUACGGCUAAUCUGCUGGAUCUGAAAUCAUAAUAUAGUCCAUUUAUUGGUCUACAAGCAUCUUCAAUUAUGAGAUCUGCGACGGAGUUGAUUUUACUCGCUUCCUUGGCUUGCUUCGCCUCGGCGGAUUAUGAGGGGUACCAAGUCUGGAGGAUAAAGCCAACGACGGAGAAUCAAAUGCGAUGGCUGAGUUACGUCGAAGAAAACAUGGCCGAUGAGUUUGACUUUUGGACCGGCAUUUCAAGAAUUCCCGGCCACCCUGUCGAUAUAAUGGUACGACCCAAUGGCCGGGGCACUCUGCGCAUGCUCCUGAAGCAGCAGAAGAUGGACUUUGAAAUUAUGAUUGAUGAAGUCAACAAACUGGUGUCCAAUCAAAUGGCUGAGAUUCUUGCGAGGCGACGAGGAGAGCAUUCCAUCGGGGCACGUUUAGACAACUUCGACUACAAUGUUUACCACACUUAUGACGAGAUCCAACAAUGGGUAGCUGACAUGGCCAGUGAAAACAGUGACAUUAUCGAACCAUUCCUGCUCGGAAAAUCAUAUGAAGGAAGAGAGAUCAACGGAUUCAGGAUCCGAGGAACUGGAAGCCAGUCUGCUAACCCACCAGGUGUCUGGUUUGAGGGCGGUAUUCAUGCUCGAGAAUGGGUCUCACCAUCUACUGUCAUGGGAUUCACUCAAAAGCUUAUAGACCAAUACCGGUUAAACGAGGAUCUUGCUGUGAGGAUGUUUGAUAAUAUAGACUGGUACAUCGUUCCUUCUCUGAAUGCCGACGGGUACAGCUACACAUGGACAAACGACCGUUUGUGGCGCAAGACCCGUUCACCCAAUGCAGGUGCUGCCUGCACCGGUACAGAUCCAAACAGAAACUGGCCUUAUCAGUGGGGAGGCGUCGGAACCAGCCCAUGGCCGUGCUCGGACAUCUAUCACGGUUCUGAGGCUCUCUCCGAGGUCGAAGUCGCUAACGUCGUCGCGUUCUUACGAAAGAAGAAGGCCGAGGGACAGGACUUCAUGGUGUUCAUUGACUGGCACAGUUACUCACAGGUCAUCAUCUCACCGUGGUCCUACCUCGACUCAGAUCCUCGUACGGAGGACUACGAUGACCAGAUGACAAUGGCUAUUGCAAUGAGUGAUGCUAUUUUGGCCACUUCGCAGAAAGUGUAUGGUUACGGUGCGGGAGCAGAAAUCUUGUACCCCGCAGCAGGCUCGAGCAAGGAUUGGGGCUACGCCUCUUUCUUAGAAAAUCGGGGCGACACUGUAGGGGGGCUUGGGGCCAAGUAUUCUUACACGGUGGAGCUCCGUGACACGGGCGAGUACGGGUUCCUUCUCCCUGAGGACCAGAUACAAGACACCUACGACGAGAUUCACGCUGCCGUGCGCGCCAUUGGCACCCAUGUCCUCAACGAGCUUGGCCUAUGAAAACAGCCUAGACUCUCGACCACCAACACCAAUCAUGGGUUAUGUUUCUGAUAUUCAAUCAUGUUUCUCUCUCUCUCUCUCUCUCUCUCUCUCUCUCU